AUGAUAUUAUCUUCUUAUUGUGCUCAUUGAAAAUUUAGAAAUAUUUUUAUUUUUUUGAAGCCAUUUUCCACUUAACCAGUAAACCGCACUGAAACAUUUUGUUUUCUUACGUUUUAGUACCUACUCAUAAUAUAUAAAAAUAAACUAAAAUUUAUGUAAUUUAAUAAUUGUAAAUGUGGUUUGGCAAAUAAGUAGAACCAAAGAAAUCUGUCAAGAUGUUUGGAUAUAGAUUCCAUUUUGUGCGCAGAUUCUUCAGAAGAUUUAUGAAACCAAUGAGUGUUGAAGAAGCUGAGGCUAAAAAAGCUUUACUCUCAAAGGCAUACUUCGCUAUAAGUUUGCUAACGUUUGGUUCUGUUCUAUACCAAGUGAAGCAAGGUCGCCUUAAUUGGGUAGAAUCCGAAGGAUUAAUUCCAGAAGAUGAAGCGAAACUCUCACCUGCUUUUCAAUAUGCUAGGAUGCUAGGAGUUGAAAAGGCUACUGUUAUAAGAAUUAAAGGUACAAAUAUUUUGGGUACAAAAGAAUACGAUAAGGAAUCAUUUGAUCCAACUCAACACGUACUUGAAGAAGAAAAUUCUCCCAAAGAUCCUGAAAGAAAAUUUUUAAAAUUAUAAUUUGUAUUGCAUACUAGUCUAGUCUACAAAUUAUUAUAUUAUUAUUAUUAUUGACAUUUAUAUAAUAAUUAACACAGUUUAUUUACAUAGA